GGAAGUAAACAAAAAAUCAAAACGACGUUGUUGUUGUUGGCUGCGAUGUUGGAAGGUGUUGGUGGCCGUCCAAGUUCGUGAUCACACGGGAAGGUUGAUGUGUGUUGAAUUUUUGAGUGGAUCCAAGACUUUUAUCACGCGAAGAUUUACUUCUUUUAAAGAAAAGUUCGAUUAAUUACAGUGUGUGAUGUGGCACAGGUGAUUGUACCGUUAUAUUAGUAGAAUAAUAUAAAGCCAAGAUGCUGGACACGCUGUUGGAUCUGCGUUCGAUCAACCUGAUCAACUUUCUCUUCGUGCAACUGUUUGUCCUGAUUGUGGUUUUGGGUGGUUUAAUUGCCACGGUAGAGCGGUACCUGCCGAACGCCAUCAGGCAGUCGUUCCGGUAUGGCAAACACGCCUUCCAGGGUCCCCAGGACCGCUUUACGUCCCUGCUGGAGGUUCCCAAGUCGUGGUUCAAGCACUUUUACGUGUUUGCCGCGGUCUGGUCUGUGGCUGGGUUCUACUUUAUGGUGAAUGCCUACUUCAUGGGCCGCCCGACGCCCGGGUUUGUGGUGGACUUUUUGGACAUUAUGGCCACCAGCAAGCGAACGGUUAGAACAACCCCUACGGAGACCAUGGUGGCCAUCACGCUGAUAACCAUCCAGUGCCUUCGUCGGUGUUACGAAACGCAGUUUGUGCAGGUGUUUUCCAGCAAGCUGAAAAUGAACCUGUCCGCUUACCUCGUGGGUUACGUGCACUAUUUUGGUGAAGUUGUUGCGCUCCUAUCGCAAGCUGAUGGAUUCGUCCGGGAGAACACUGCCGCUUCGUUGAUGCCGUACCGCUUCGAGCUGACCCCGCGGAUCGCUUUCUGGAUUGCGAUCUUCAUCUACGCGUGGCGCUAUCAGUUUCAGUCGAACCUGAUCCUCGCCAACCUGCGCAAGGAUCGCACCGGUGCCGUCACGACCCAAAAGCAUUCCAUUCCGGGAGGAUACUUUGAGCUCGUCUCGUCGCCGCACAUGUUCUUCGAGGUCGUGAUGUACGUCGCACUUUACGGACUCACCUGGCGCAACACGUCCAGUCUGUACGUGCUCGGCUGGGUGAUUUCUAAUCAGAUGAUGAACGCCUGGCUCACCCACCAGUGGUAUCGGGAGAACUUUAAGGAGUACCCUUCGACGCGGCGCGCCUUGAUUCCUUACCUGCUGUGAGAGUCUUUGUCGCGCGGCGAUCAAUGGGACGUGAAUCCAUUCGAGAUUCUCGAUUGUGACUCAGCCCGGCACAACUGCGACUUAAGGGUUAGCGAGAAAGACAUUCUUCGCUAUCGCUCCAAGGAUGGUGACACAAAACAACACAAACACAGCGUUCUGUUUACAUUUGGAAUGUUGGCCAACUAAAUAAACCAAUUUUAUUUAUUUCUUACUAAAAUCACAA